GUCACCAUUUGACAGAACGUUCUUAUAGUCAUAAGUUUUCUCCUUACUAUUUGGCCAAAGGAUACAUAAGACGGAAUUGCAAAUCUUCGUCAUACUUUCAUAACAUUUAAAUCGAUUAAAUUAUUACGAAAUGGCUUCACGUUUGCUUCGUCCAACCAAUUUGGCACUUGCCAAUGCCAUAAAAAAGAACUAUUCAACUGCUACAGCUGCCGAUAGUGAAAUUACCAGCAAAACACCAUUGCAAAAGAAAUUCCAGCAUGCAAUUCCAAAAGCUCAAUUCGGUGGACGACAUGCAGUUUCAAUGCUGCCUGGUGGCGGUAUUGGACCCGAACUGAUGUUGCAUGUACGUGAGAUUUUCGAUAAAAUUGGUGUUCCAGUGGAUUUUGAAAUUAUCGACAUCAGCCCGGCCAGUGAAGGCAAUGACGAUCUUGACUACGCUAUCACAUCAAUCAAACGUAAUGGUGUCGCUAUCAAAGGAAACAUUGAAACAAAAAGUGAAGCAACUGACACAAUUUCACGUAAUGUCGCUCUCCGAAACGAAUUGGAUCUGUACGUGAAUGUGUUGGAAUGCCGAUCAUAUCCAGAGGUGCAUGCCCGACACCAAGGCGUCAACAUUGCUGUUGUACGACAAAACACUGAGGGUGAAUACGCUAUGUUGGAACAUGAGAGUGUCCCAGGUGUCGUUGAGAGCAUGAAAGUAGUUACCGAUGAAAAUUCAGAACGUGUUGCCCGUUAUGCGUUUGAAUAUGCCAAAAGUACCGGUCGCACAAAGGUGACAACUAUUCACAAGGCCAAUAUUAUGAAAUUGUCGGACGGUUUAUUCUUGGAAACAUCUCGUCGCGUUGCCAAAGAUUAUCCAAAUAUCCAACACAACGACAUGAUUAUUGACAAUACAUGCAUGCAACUGGUGUCCAAUCCGCAUCAAUUCGAAGUGAUGAACAUGACGAAUUUGUACGGAACCAUUGUUUCAAAUGUGAUUUGCGGUUUGAUCGGCGGUGCUGGUUUGUUAUCCGGUGCUAACUAUGGUGAUCAUUAUGCCGUAUUCGAGCCAGGCACUCGUAACACAGGAACGGCCAUUGCUGGAAAGAACAUCGCCAACCCAAUUGCCAUGCUCAACGCAUCCGUUGACAUGUUGUACUACUUGGGGCACAAAACUUAUGCCGAUGCCAUUACAAAUGCCAUCCGAAAAACCAUCGUCGAGGAUAAAAUUCACACACCGGAUUUGGGCGGCAACAGCACAUCAAGCGACGUUAUCCAAAACAUCCUGUCACGUUUGGGCGAAGAAGAUAUCCACUGUUUCAGUUUCAAAUGAAUUAAUCAUUAGACAUGUUGUGUAUAAUUUAUGAAAAAAAUAUUUCAUUAUUAUUGCGAUAAAAUCAAUUUUGGUGCUAAACUAUUGCUCAUUUCUCGAAAUAUAUUGAAAACCGAACCGAAAUUCAAGCUUUAAAAAAAUAUAUAAUUUGAAUUAUUUUAGUUAAUUUACCGAACAAAAGCACAGUUGUUUCAGUUACUAUUCUUAAUUAAUGAAUGGAAUUGCUGCUAAACCGUUCACCAACCGAUUCCAAUUUCAAAAUUGUCACUCUAAUGAGCCCAAAACGAUUUAUCUUAAGUACGAAAUUUUUCUAAAUUGAGCACUAAUUGCUGCUCAUCGAACGGUUUCGUGGUGAUUUUCAUGUUUUUCAAAUAAAUUUUCUCUCUCUUAUCAUAGUAAUAUUUCAAGUAGGUAAACCAUUUUUCAUUCUCUAGCUGGCAAUUUCAUUGGAAUGAGUCGGACAAGAAAUAGAAAAAAAACGCUAGCAACAUGCAAAUGAAAACAGAAAAAAAGAAUGAACAGAGAAAACGUAUGCGCAAUGCCAGUAAGGGUUUUAAUUAUGUUAAAUGUUUACGGUUACUCGAAGCAAAAUCGAUUUGGACGAAGCAAUAGAAGCAAAAGAGAAACGAAGUUAAGGAAAUAAAAAAUGAUGAAUUCGUUAUAAUUGAAACCUUUACGAUGGCAAUCAAAAUAAAAAUAGCAUUAUCGCAACAUACAUACACAACCCAUACGCAUACAAUUCAUCCGACUAUUGGUUCGGUAGAACCGCCAUUGAGUGCAAAAUAAUCAAAUAUUGAUGAUUGCGUCACACAUAUGCUCAUUGCUCAUGCCAGGGAGUGGAACGGAAUUGCAUAUUUAUCAAAGUUCCAUCGGUCGACCGCCGAUUGCACGGUGUUACAUCAUAUUUUAUAUCCCUAUUCACCUCACACACACAUACCCACCCACCCAAUCAUACGCAUACAGAACUUGUAGUAAAUAAAAAUAGCAUAUAUUUUGUUGUUGAAUUCAUUCAUUUAUUGUGCAUUUUCCAUUUGUUUCCGAUCAUAUUGAUUGUGUCAUUUAGAAAAUUGCAUUUGCAAUCUGUUUGAAUUUCGCAUUUAAUUGAAUUCGCAAAAUAGAGCCGCUCUCACACCCUAAUUAUGAUUACUAAUUCCCAUUGAAUAACAACUAACCGCUUUUUUCUGUUUUUUCACUGUGUUUUUUUUCUCAACAGGCCUAAUUGAUUGCAUUAGAUAUGAUGUUAUGUGUAUUUGUGUGUAAGAAAAAAUAAAAUUCACAAAACUUAUUAACUGAUAUCCCAUUUCCAACACGAAAAUCAAAUCAAAUCAAACUAAACCGAUCUUAAUCAGACUCAACCAUGUUUUGUCUGCCCUUGUUAACUAUUAAAACUGUCCGCUUCCUAUAAAAGUGAUUUGUGCGUGCAGUGGAAAUAGUGUUUGGCGCAGCAAAUGAAAGCAAAAGCAAAAAUAAAACAGUAACGGUAUACAUUCAUGGCACGGAGGACCUAAAUCCAUUCAUUUAAUGAACUGAAACGUGAUAUCAUUGGCACUGUAAUAGGAAACAUCUGCAUACAAAUUUUUAUUUAUGUUAUGUUUUUCUCAUUGAUGGAUUAUUAUCGCAACAGAGAUUAACGACAAUACUUAUUUUAAUUCAUUUUGUUUGACAUUCUCCUAUAAUGAUAAAUAAAAGCUCCCAAUUAGAAUUGAUUCAAUUUGCUGAAAAUGAGCUUUGGAACAGAUGCGCGGAAAAAAAGAGAAGAACAUGUACACGACGAUGUGAGUAAUUGAUAUGAACUGAACCGAACAUUGAACGGCAGAGCGAAUAUAAAUAAAGUCAGCGUCGAAUAGCAAAAUUCAACAUUCAUUAACUGUAAAAUAAGUGCUGAUAUUUGAUUGCAUGUUGUUGUUUUUUUAAGUUAAUUAUUGUUUAUACAUGAAACUAAAUUCAAAAUGGCUAAAAAUAUACAUAUACCGAGAGAGAGAGAACGUUUAUAAAUCAA